AUGUACUUUUUUCCAUCAAGUAUUUUGGGAAAAAUAGGUUCUAUUUUGUUAUUAUUUCAGUUACUAUGCCACUUCAUCUUGGUUAACGGAGUUCCACUUACUUCUAUUAGUCUAUCAGCAUCUGCAACUUUAGUUGGUGGUAGAGCUUUUCAAUUAAUGUUAACCCGAAUGGAUCGUGGUACUUUGGGUGAAAUUUUAGCAAGUAGAAUAUGUCCUGCAGUUGAAGAUGGAAGUAGGGAACUUUUUACUAUUUCUACUGAUAAAUGGGAUGGCGAAAGUUAUACAAUUGCUGCAGCACUCCUAUAUAUAUUUGAUAUUUCAUGUAGAAAUGAUAUUUAUGGAUUACUUAAACCUAAAAAGAAUAUUUUACAACAUGUAUGGGGAAACAUAAAUUUAAAAGAUCCAUAUGCAAGUUUAGAAAUAAUUAGAAAUUACUUAAUAUCUCUAGAUGGUGGACAAUUAAUCAUAAAUUUAGAUAAUGUAGAAAAAUGGAAUCUAUAUCCACUAGCUAUUCUACUUAUGAUUAAUAAAAAGGAAAAAGAUGUACUUAAUUUUGAAGAUGAAGCAUUUGAUACAGUUACUAAAAUAUAUUCAUAUAUUGAUCCUGGUAUAAAUGCAACUAAGACCAAAUAUAUAUUUAAUAAUACUUCAUUAAUAGAUUUUAUUCCAAAUAAUCAUUAUUCUCCAAAUUUAUCUAAUAGAGUAAUUCCAAUAAGUUCUACUGAUGAGCAUGUUUAUUAUUAUACAGCUUCAUGGAAAAAAUAUAAUGUAUCAUCUUUAGAAGAACUUCAUAACAUAUACAAUUCUUUAUAUACACAUGUAAAGAAAGAAGAUAUUGAUGUUAGUAUGUUCCGAGUUACGCGUAAAUUUUUUUGUUUAUCACUUGCAUUAGUUUUAUUUGCACGUGAAAGGAAAUUUGAUAUUGGUAUUAUUGAGGCAGUGGACCUUGAUAUAUCGAAAUUUAGAAGAAGGUUAGAUAAGGCUUUAUCUAUAUAUUUAUCUGUUACUGACAUUGCUUCUUUAUCAAAAGGUAAAAACCGUACUAAAAUAGCUCCUUGGAAACUAGUAUCAGAUGAAAAGUGGAAAGAAUCCCCAAUUUCAUCAUUUAAAAGAGUUAUAUCUCAUGUACAUGUAGAUGAAAUUAGACAAUUAAAAUAUGACUGUUCAAAAUGGGGAUUUUACGAUUUUUUCAUUGGUUCAAUAUUUUAUUUCUAUUCAAAGAAUCUUGGUAUUCAGGUAUUAUAUGGUCAAUAUCAAAAUGAAAUUUCAACGGUUAAGAAGUUAUUUAGAAAAAAUAAUGAUCCAAUAUUAACAAAAAUAAAUAUUUCAAGAAAAUUAAACAAAGGAAAAGAAGAGAAUGAAGAUAAAAAUAAGAAAGAAAAAGUCAAAGUCAUAAAAAACUAA